AUCAUUAUCUCACAAUUGGAAAUCACGCUACACGGCACAGACGCGCUAUUCUAUCGUAGAAAUGGAUAAUCAACCAUUUGAAACAGUUUUAGGCAAACUCCAGUUCAUUGAUAUCAACGAUCACUCAUAUGAUAGCAUUAUUACUAUAAAGUUUUGGUUCUUAAACUUAAAAGCUGCAGAGGAGGGCAACGAUCUAGUAACAGAAAAUAAACUAGACAUUUUGGAAGUUGUCUCAGAUCUAUAUCCUGACUUUGCGUUGCCUGCAAUGUACUAUGUCAUGUGUAUUAGAGAAACAUUUCGUCAAAGAACUAGUCGAUUACCCGUCACUCCAGAAAUAUUAGAAAUACACCACGAUAUAGAGGCUGAGAAACUUGAAAGAUCAAGACAAAGCUCCCUAAACUGGAUGAAUAACGCAUUUAUAAAUGAUUCACAACCUGAUCUUUCAUUCGUAGAGCAGUUGGUGAAUGACUAUGAGGGUUUCUAUAGACAGCGUCCGCUCAUUCCUCAGUUACCUCGCACUUUCCAUCGUACAUCUGACCGUCAGAGAAAGGUAGAGGUCGAUAAAAGGUUGAGAUUCAUUGAGCAGUUCAUUGAGCAGAAUGAAGACAAAGUAGACAAAGUCGAAACCAGGCAUAUCCUUCGAAAUAGUCUUGAGCAGAAUGAAAAUAGAGAAGAUCUAAUUAAAUCUAAACCUGCUCUUAGAAAUAGUCAGAGGAACGAAAGCCAAGAAGAAAAAAAGGAAAGAGCUUUAAAAGAUUAUAUGUUGACCAAUGACUUCAGUGAGCAUCAUGACAUCAUUAUUUCUCUCAAAUCUCGUAGCAUUUCGACGGAACAUCUAAACGCCUCUGAAUACCUCGUUCAUGUAGGGAAAGAGUAUGCUGAUCGAGUUCGUAAAUCUUAUCAAACACAACUUUGGCAAAAUGAUUCUAAUAUAAUUCUAUCGAUAGAUUCCUGGAAGUUGAAAGAUUCAAAACACGAUAUAAUGACAAUACAUUCAACACCAUUAGGCACUGAUGAAAGCAGAUUGGUACAUACCUGCAUGAAAGAUGGUCGAAAUGAUAUUUUGAAUUCUAUUUCUCGUCCCAGUAAAGCAAACGUUACUACUCUCGUAGUAGAUCAUUCAUCUUCGUUUCCUUAUGUGAAACAUUCGUAUGAUAUUCUCUUGCAAGACGUACUCUCGGCAUAUAAUUCAGCAUUCGUUGCUUGUCUAUCAGCUGCAAAGUUAGAUGGUGUCGUCGAUACAUUGAUCAAACUGGUAAAAACACUUCAUAAAUCAAAGCUUAUAAAUCAUGUUCUGAAGAAGUUACUCGAGGUUCGGAAACAAGACUUACCUAAAAAACCAUCCCACUGGCGGUAUUUUGGUGUUUUUCAUUCAGCAACGCAAGUAUUACAUGUAUUAGAAACUAUUUUAAUGAUUGGCGAGAGUAAAUCCGCGAAAGUUAGGCAGAUUUUCGAUAAUAAAAUUGGUCAAUUGUUAAAAGCCAAUCUCGAGAAGUUCAUCUUAGGCUUGCACUUUAUUACCAGAGUGUUCUCACCGUUCGAUUUCGGUUUUGAAAUGCUCGAAAGUCCCAAACUUCGACUUGAUCAAGUGCAUACUCUCUACUGUUGGACGAUCCAAACCAUGGCAGACUUGAUGCGUUCUCAAUCUAAGCUCGAGUUGACGUGGUCGUUUGAUGCUCCUUUGAUUUUGUCAGCUUUUGCUGAGAACUAUAGGUGGUUAAGAACCAUCAACAACGUGAAAACAUCAAUAAAUCCACCUUUUAAUACACAGGAUAUUGAUUUACACUGGUUAGCGUUAUUCCUUAAUCCUAAUAUGCAAUUGUCUGAUUUCCAAGCACCAUUCGCAGAUGAUCUUACAAGAUCACUACGCGGAAGAUUGAGUCCUUCGUCUUCAUCGAACUAUUUCUUUUCAAUAUCUGAAGCAAUUAAGAACAUGUAUAUCGCAACGCAUCAAAACAUCAGUAAUGAAGAUACAGCUAACGUACAGUAUACAAUUAAUUCAGAUUUAUACCGAUACAUAAGCAAAAGUGGAGAGUUCGCUAGAUCUGAAGGCACUGAUCCUUUCGUAUGGUGGUCCGAACCAUCAAGGUCUAAAAGCCCGUUAGCAUUCGUUGGUGCGCAGCUCCUUGGUACAAGACCUACCACGAUGACAGCAAAGAGAUACAACAACACGUUGAGAUGGUCGAUAGACGAACCAUCAGAGACUGCAGAUUCUGACUCUAUCUGCGAAAAAUUAUUGCUCCGAGAGUACUUCAACGAUGAAGAGAACGUUCCGGAUAUAUCAGGUGAUUUCUCUACCGCCGAACGCACACAAUUUAUACCUACCACUGUUCUGGAUGCCAAGGUCAAUAUUUCAAAAGGAAAUGGAACAGAUUAUACAUUAGAGCAUACGUCUACUGACUUCGAACCAUCCAAAUUGCUUGAAGAAGUUGCAGUAGAAUUAUGUAUGAACACAGAUUAUAUUGAGACAUUUUUGGAACCUUAACCUUAUUUGUUUAGAUUUGUAAUAUUCAGUGUUGUAU